UACCACUAUAAGCCUAAUGAGCUCAAUUCAUCUUCAUUCCCAAGUGCAUGUUGGAGAUACACCCAUUCAUUAGAACAGCAGAACAUACAGUAGGAAGAAAACCAGUUUAGAGAGAGAGAGAGAGAGAGAGAGAGAGAGAGAGAGAGAGAGAGAGAGAGAUGGCAAGUGAUAAGGUGGUGGAGACUGUGAUUGUAGGAAAUUAUGUGGAGAUGGAGACUGAAGGGAAUCCUAAGGAUGUCAAAACCAGGAUAUCCAUCCUCUUCUGGCAUGGUGGCUCAGCCUAUGAUGCUUGGUUUAGUUGUGCUUCAUAUCAGGUGGCUCAAGUUCUGCUGACAUUGCCAUACUCAUUUUCUCAGUGUGGGACGCUUUCUAGGAUACUUUUUCUGCUCUUCUAUGGCUUGUUGGGUAGUUGGACAGCCUACCUCAUUAGCAUUCUCUAUGUUGAAUACAGAACCAGAAAAGAAAGAGAGAAAGUUGAUUUCAGGAACCAUGUCAUUCAGGUCUCUUCAAUCUUCACAACCCCUUAUCACUCUCCCAAAUUUUGUACUUGUUUUUAA